CGGUGGAGAACAAAUAGAUCAAGAAAUGAGGAAACGCUGCAGAGUGCAAGUGUGACUGCAGAGUGACAGAGUGACAGAGAUGGAACCGAAGCUGCAGCUCAUCGUCUUCAUGUUACUCAUUCAAGGUUCCUUUGCAGUGCCGAGGCGUGAGACUGUGAAAAAAGGUCAGACAGUCACCUUAAAGUGUCCAAGAAGAAAUGUUCAACACACCAUUGAAUGGAAGAACACAGAGGGAUAUGUUAUGUUCAUCAAGCAUGGUGGAGUUGACAAAGUCGACCAAGGUGUAAAAGAGAAGCGUUACAGUAUCGUCAAACUGACUCAGUUUGAAUUCACUGUUAGUGUUUCCGACGCCACGUUCAAAGAUGGAGGUGUCUACACCUGCAAUGAGUAUGACUAUUCCGUGAUAAACCACAGAGUGGAGGUGAUGGUGUUAGGGCUUCCCAAAAUAAGAAAAACAAAGCAUGAAGGAAGGUUUGACAUAAAAUGCACUGCUGAGGGGAACGGCUAUCCUCCGCAGAUCUUCUGGAAACUGGACCAUGGCCCUGAAAUUCUCGCUCAUUACCAAGUCACACAUGAAAACAAGGAAUUUGUCUCAGACGCUCUGAUACACAUUCAGUCCGUGAAGAGCAAAAUCACUGUGACAUGCCUUGUUCGCCAUCCGGCUCUGCACUCAGAUACUCUGAUGGACUUUGUCAAAAUUGGACAAAACACACACACAACCACGACCCGUUUACCCACCACUCUACCUCCAGGGUCAACAGAGGUAACGACAACUGGCUGGUUUAAACAUGAGAGCACCACGGUGUUCUUAAGUGCCCCCACCAGUCAGCCGUCUUCCUCCAAUGAGCCGCAGACGGUCGCAGCAACCACUGGAUUUCCUCUGAACAAUGUCACAUCCACAAGCUCACGUCUCAGCACUAGUGAUAACUCAAGCACCUCCGAGUUACCUGGCUCAACCAGGGGGAUAAAUGACACCAUCAGCAAUGCAACAACAGACUGGACGUCCAUCACUGAGACAACAGAGAUCACAUCCUAUAACCACACGGAGGGAAACAUAACAGGAAGCUUUAAUGACCGGAACAAGCAGAAAAAAAAGGGAGGAGGUUCUUUACUGGUCAGCCUGGUGACAUUCCUGAUAUUCUGUCUUCUGGUGGUUGUCAUAUUUUUUGCCAUUAAGCUGAGGAGAGCGCACCUUGCUUGGAAGAGAGUUUUUAUUGUUACAGAGAACGAAGACUCGAAUCCAUCUGAGGAGAGCAGUAAAUCAAAAUCAAGCCAGGAGGAGAAGAACUCCCAAGGACAAAGGCGGAGAGGCAUCUUCAACACGGCAUUCACACAGUACGUCGUUGAAGAAUCCCCGGCAAUAACAUCAGUGGUAAACACGGCUGCGAUGGCAACAGCAGAGACCAUGAACGAAGUGCAGACCUCUCAGCCUGACACGGCAGCCAAAUGUAGCAUAAAGGAGACGGAGCUGUAACAAUCUGUAAAAAAAAUACAAUGUGUAAUAAUGUCAAGCAGCAUCAUCAGCACCUUUCUCAUGCUCACACAUCUGCUGAUAAGCUUCUUUUUAUUUUUAUUUUGUACCUGCACUUGAAAAGAGAAUGUGAAGAAUGUAAUACUGUACUGUACAAAUACUAUGACUGUGUAUAUUUUGUGUUUACAUGCAUCAAUAAAUUAUAUUUUGCUAGAA